CCCUCGGUGCCGGUGAUGACCCUGAACACGCAGCCCGGGAGCAGGAGCCCGCUGCGGCGGAGGGCCAGCACCCCGCUCCCGCGGCCGGGCGGCUCCGGGGCCGCUUCGCCCUUCCACCCGCAGCUCGGCCACACCGCCUCCGAGCCGGGCGGCAGGGCCCCCCGCGGCAGCGGCUGCCCCGGCUCCGCGGGCUCCCCCCGCCUCAGGGAGCCCCGGUACCGGGUGGUGCUGCUGGGGGACCCCGGCGUGGGCAAGACCAGCCUGGUCAACCUCUUCGCCGGCGUCCAGGAGAGGGACCCGCUGGACCAGCACGGAGGGGUCGCGUACGAGCGCAGGCUGACCGUGGAUGGCGAGGAGACCACGCUGCUGGUGCUGGACACCUGGGAGUCAGAGCAGCGGGAUGAGGAGAGCCAGCGCCGCAGCCACUGCCUGCAGAUAGGGAACGCCUACAUCAUCGUUUACUCUGUCACUGACCGGGACAGCUUCGAGAGCGCCUCGGAGCUGCGCAUCCACCUGCGCCGGGCGCGCCAGGCCGAGGACAUCCCCAUCAUCCUGGUGGGCAACAAAACUGACCUGGUGCGCUGCCGGGAGGUGUCUGAGGAAGAGGGCCAGGCCUGUGCUGCUGUCUUUGACUGCAAGUUCAUUGAGACGUCAGCGGUUCUGCAGCACAACGUGGACGAGCUCUUCGAGGGCGUGGUGCGGCAGAUCCGCCUGCGCCAAGGGGGCAAAAAGUCCCACCUGCACCCCCCGCCCGGCCAGAAGCACAAGGAGAGCCUCGCCAGCAGAGCCCGGCACUUCCUCGACAGGCUGGUGACCAGGAACAGCAGCAAAGUGGCCCUCAAAGUCCGCUCCAAGUCCUGCCAUGACCUGUCUGUGCUCUGAGAGCCGCGCUCCUGUCCCACCCCGCGCGCCGCCUGGGACUCUGCUCUCUGCCAGCAGCGUGGCCAGUGGCCAGUGCAGAGCUCAGACUGGCCUGCAGUGAUGCUGAGCACGUGGAGCUGUUUUCACUGGUGCUGAGGGAUGAGAAGGUGCUCUGGAUCCAGCCAUUCCCCGCCAGGAGAGGGGAUAAGUGGGAUCAGGUCCGUGGAGUGGAGGAUGGGAUGGGUACCUGCACUUGGAGUGGUGAGGUUUUGGAUCACAGCUGCUCCUGCAGAGCCGGAGGUGAGGGGUGGCUGUGCCCCAGAGCUGGGCUGGAGGCUGCCAGGAGUGUGGCAGGUCCCACUCACAGUGCUGUCCUUCACAGGGCAGCAGGGACUGACAGGGGCACCGUGGCAUUGUCCACCUUGGACAGCCUGGAGCCUGGCUGGGAAGAGGGGGCAGGGGAGCACCAGCGGCAUCACCUGGCACCCUGACCCUGCUGUGCCAGGGCUCUGUGCUAUGUCUCACUGGCACCAGUGUGUUUCUGUGCUCUCUCUGUACUGGUGUGAUGGGGAAACCCUUGAUCUGCAGAAUAAACCACAUCAGGGA